GAAGAUCAUAUCCAUAUCCAUGUUUAUCAAGUCAUUUCACAAAUUUCCACUUGCGUAUUAUAAUUUUCAAUAGUGAAUAAGAAUGUAAAUUUCCAAUAUAGUUAGUCGUUCGAACACGUACGUCAAAGUUUGUUUUUCGUUAGACCUUCAAGUUGGAUAUUCAUUUCAGUAAAAACACACGUACUUGGUGGCAGAAAUUACAAUAAAUCUGUAAUUAACAGAAUUUGUACUUGAUACAGUGGCCUUCACAAGGAUUCUGCAAAUUCUUUGGGAAUAUCAGCUGUUGGAUCAUAUCAUUUUAUCAACAGAAUCACAUUUCAGCCACUUCAACAUACCUAUGCCAAUGUUCUUCCAAAAUCAUCAUUUUCUUCUUUGAGUUCCAUAUUAUGGCCAACAAAUGCAAGGACUGUGGUUGUACAUGCAGAAGAUGCAUAUCCAGUGACCAUGAUGUUCAGCUGCAUGUAGAAAUCGAAAAUCUAAAAAGAUACCUGCUGGAGAAAGAAAACCAUAUUGUUACUAUGGAGACCAAUUUUUUGAAUGAAGCCAAUAAAUUUCCUAAUGGACAGCUGGUUUCUGUACAAGAAGAGAUGGUGACAUGGCAGGAUAAAUACAAAAGAUUAUAUGAUGCUCACAGAAGAGUUCAAAGGGUGAACCAGGGUUUAGAAGACAAACUAUUGAAACUAGUUGAUGUAUGUGAGACUGACAAGAACACUUUAACAAAAGAUGUGGCAAUAUUGUCUCAUAAAUUAGCUGAGGCAAAUUAUGCUAUAAAGAAAUUGACUGAAGAUAAUGAAAGGUACAAAAAUGAUGUUUCUCUUGCUAUACAAUUCCUGCAAUGUAAACAGACUAAUUUUGUUGCAAAGAGGUAUGAUUCGCUACCAGCCGAAGUGCAAUCACAAGUAUCCAACUUCAUGACCACGAAGAAGAAACCGGAAGAACGGAAACCGUCUACCGAGGUGAAAAACAUCAAAGUGCCGAUACCGACUUUUCCGCCUACCGCGAUGGUCUAUUCUGUUCCGAAAUCACCGAACCCCGAGCGAAAAUCGGAAAAUACGGACAUGGAAUCGGCUCCCGUUGACAUAGUCUCUGCGGCCAUAAUGGCGAAAGUUCUAGAAGAAAGGCUGAGGGAAAAGGCGAAUGCCAAGCACUGUGAUAGUUGCACUUGUUCGACGACUUUGAAGAUUGUUUUUGAUAUUACGCAGCAUAGCAUCGGGACGCAGACUGGGGAGUACAAGGAUAUGGUGUGUUUGAGGUGUAAUGAUAGCGUUAAUCCUAACAGUAUUAUGAUAGUGAGAAAUCCAGAACCCAAGAGCCAAAAAGUAGUACCAAUCUAUCCCCUAGAAACUCUUGAUACCAUUCCUCCGACCAACCAAAACAUCGUUAAAGUACAGCCAAACAAUUUCCUGCUGGACAAAAAGUCAAAAUCCAGUUCAGUAAGCUCAAGCCUCAUCGAUUUGAAUCAAACCUCGCCGAAAACCAGCACGAACAAUCUGCUCAUCCAUAUUGCACCAAAAACGCACCAGGACUUUAGCGUCCAAAUAGCCAAUGAGAAGCAAGAACAUCAUCGUUUGUGCGACAAAUCGGCUCUGACCUACGAAGUCGACUUGACGUCAGAAAAGUCGGAUACUGAGAUAAACGAUGACGUAACUAGUGCCAAAAAUUCAUCUCCCAAGGGACCCAGGUACUGCUCAAUGCGAGUGCAGAGCGGCUCGAAGAAUAUCCUGUUAGACAACGCCCACAACAAUAUAGCCCCCGUACUUUAUACGAGGAGUCACAAAAUCAAAAUGGAAAGUAGAGCACAAACCUAUGAUAGCUCAGACACAGAGACGAGUGGCGAGAAAUUGAUAUCGAUGGCUAGUGAUACUUCGGUGCAGAAUCGCCAGAGGGUAGCCGACUGGAUACAGAGCAACAUCGAGAACGAGCUGAGCAGCUCAGAAAAUUCCAGAUCUGAGCCGGUGCCGGUGACCAAAAAGAAGUAUGCCGAAAUGGAGGAGAACGUGAAGAGGUUCUUGUUCGGGGAGAGCGAGUUUUUGAAGACUGUGGAGAAGGGGAAGAUGUUUGUAUAUGGCAUUUUUGGAGGAGUUCGAUUUGAAAUGAAGGGAAAAGUAGACUUUCGGGAUGAGACUAGUUGAAUCACAAGUUUUUGAUUAUAUUAAAUAUCAAGAUAGAAGCCAUGUGCAAUGUGCAUCUAGUAUUAUCAGUACAAUUUUCAAAUCUUUCGUCAGUGACACUUCAUAUUUGAAUACAUAAUUGGAAUUGUGGAGAAUUGUUAUGAAUAUUUUAUAUUAUAUUAAAUUCACUGUU